ACAAAAUCUCCUUUUUCCUACAGUUUCGAACUUAAGACUUCACUCCCAACUCUUUUGUAUAUAAACCAUUGAUAGUGUCCAGUUUCCAGUGUCUGUUUAGCAACAAACAAAAAGAUUUAGCGAUGGAUACUAAAAUUCCAUCGGCGGUCAAAGCCUAUGCUGUGCCUCUCCUUCUAUUAGCGAUCUCUAUUUUCUAUCAGCUCGUCGUUCUCCCUCGCUCUUUUCCUCCUUCGCAUUACGAUGUUUUGAAGAUUGAAAGGUAUAGUCCUGUCGAAGAAGUAAAGAAUGCGUACGAGAAGCUUUCUUCCGCGUGGAAUGCAGGCACUGAGGUUCCUACUGCUGUUGAAUUUUUAGAGAUUCAAUAUGCAUAUGAAUUGUUGACCAAUCCUUUAUGGAAAAGGGACUACGAUAUUUUCGGCGUUGAUGAGCAACUUCAUGUUCUUGACAAGCUCAAAGAACAAUAUGUUGGUGAAAACUUUACACAGAUACGCCCUCCCAUACUUGAAGCUUUAUCACCUGAUCCUGUAGAUCAUGCUCUUAAUCCCAUCAGAACUGAGGAUACUUCGUCUAUGUUCAGUGAUUCUAAGCCAUUGCUUAUACAGGUGUAUUCACUUGGGAGCAACCGCUCUGCCCAACUCUAUAAUUCCUGGAAACAAAUUGCUUCUUUAUUAGAUGGGGUUGCAAAUACUGGUAUGGUUGAACUUGGCGAGGUUCAACUUGCUGUAUCUCUUGCUGAGAAAAAGCCAACAGGACAACUCUUUUUCAGGACUGGGCUUCCCUCGGUUGUUGCUUUUCCACCUGGGUGUAAAACUUCAGAAUGUCUUAUGAGGUAUGAGGGAGAUCUCUCGGUCGAUGCAGUUACUGAUUGGUUUGCUUCCGUUGUGCUCAGUUUACCUCGCAUUUUGUAUUAUUCAAAAGAGACGCUGGGAAAGAAUUUUCUGGCAAAAAGUGGUCCUCACAAGGUGAAAGUCAUUUUCUUCUCAAAAGAAGGAAUGCGUGCUACGCCAUUUGUGCGACAAACUGCAAAUAAGUAUCGGGAUUAUGCCUCUUUUGCAUUUGUUCUGUGGAGAGAAGAAGAUUUCUCUUUUUGGUGGAAUACGUUUGAGGUGGAAUCAGCUCCUGCUAUUGUGUUCUUAAAAGAUCCGAGGGUUAAGCCUGUUGUUUUUCAUGGAUCAUUUAACAAUUCAUGGUUUUCAGAUGUCAUGGAAAAGAAUAAACUGCAAGUCCUUCCUCAGUUAAGAAGCGUGACAUCUAUGGAGCUUGGUUGUGAUGCCCGAGGACAUUCUCGUGCUGGAAAUGAUACAUUAUCGUGGUAUUGUGUUAUUGUAGCAGGAAGGCUGGGCCCAGAACUCAACGAAAUCCGUGAAACAAUUCGCAGGGUAGAAGGACUGUUGUUAAAUGGAGAGCCAAGUGAUGUUGAUCAAGGUCAAUCAUCAUUGCUGGCGACUGCACUGCAAAACAAGCGGUUAACCUUUGUUUGGCUUGAUGGAGAAGCCCAAGAAAAAUAUUGUCUCUUUUAUCUGCAUUCUGAGACCAGCUAUGAUACAUGCGGACCAAGGAGGGAUAUGAUUGAUGUACCUAAGAUAUUCAUGGUGCGCUAUAGAAGGAAUGCUACUCAAGAUUACAUGAUGAAUGAGGAUGCAGAUCAUGCUUCACAGCUUGUGGCAAGGUACAAUGGUUCAGAUGAAAUUCCACAGAUCAUUAAAUGGAUCUCAGAAACAAUGAGGGAUGGUGAAACCAGGGAUCUCCCCUUUUUUACAGCAAAUACUCCUGAUCUUGUUCCUGAAGCAUCAGAUCCUGUCUGGUCGAGAGGUGCCCAAGGAAUUCUUUCCAAAAGUGUGGGAAUCAAGCACAGGAUCCUUGGAAUCAGAAGCAAAAUUAAUGAUCAUAUAGGAGAUCCAAGGAUUGGUCCAAUACUACUUUUGGGAGCUUUAAUGUCUUUCGGUACUAUGUGGUUAAUGAGGAAACAAGCCGCUCAUCAGAGCCAACCAAGUCAAUCGAGCUUGGAGGAUGAAACUACUCAAAAACGCAGAGAAAGAGAAAGAAAUGCCUCCAAGAAGGAAGUACCUGCUUCCAUGACUGACACGGAACCAAAAGAUGCACGGCAGAUGCCUUUUUCAGAGUCUGAUUCCGAGUAGCAGUGUCACUUCCGUUCCAAUCUCUGAAGAGGUCGAGAUGAUCAAGAUCAAAAGGAUUUGCUAAUGGAUCAAUAUUAUCAUCCUCCAAUACAGAUAUCUGUUCGCUUACUACACCAUUAUUGGAAGUAGAAACAGACGGUGACGCAUUUGAGUCAUUGUUUGGCAGGCUCAUUGCCGAAUCACUAGCCUCGAAUUUGUUCUGAUCCGUCGAAUUGGACAAAAUUGACUUCAACAUGUUAAGGCUGUGAAAACGAGACGACAGUGAAGCCAUUUUGUUGAGUAGCCUAGCUGACGAAGAAACAGGCCUUGGCGUGACAGGCGACGACGAACUGUCUUUACCAUCAGCAGUUACACCGCCUCCAUCUGACAAUGAUGGUGUGAGCUCAGCAGCUGGUUUGUUGAGCAGCUGAGGAGAGGCAGGGUUUGAUGAGGUAGCAGGCAAAUGGCUAGGGUCAGAUGAGGAUGGGGCAGCAGGAACUGGGUCAUGAUUAGGUAAUUCUGUUACUCUUUUCUUGAGAUAUGUGUUCCAAUAAUUCUUAAUUUCGUUGUCUGUUCUCUUUGGGAGAUGUCUGGCUAUGGCUGACCACCUGGCAAUAAUAAUACAACAUACAUGAUUGAGAGCUAAUAAUUAGGAACAAGAUCAUUAUAGGCUUUGGCAUUUUACGGUCCAUCAUAAAAAAAGAGACCAAAGCACCCAAAAGCAAAAGCUCUACUUUUGGCAAUAAAUGUAUUUUCAUUUUUGCAAGUUGAAUUAUUAUACUAAUAAGGCUUUUAUUAUUUUUAGUAAAUUUGGGGGUCAAGGUGUUAUUUUUCUUUCAA